UGAAUAUCGGUUUUAAACACACAGUGGAUUACAAUUAGAUUAAAACUGCAGCUCGGACUGACUAAAUGUAGCGACGCCGUUGAAAGCAUUAACUAAAACUUUCACAAUGUUUACAAGCCGAAAGGGAGGGCGUUACGCAUAUCUUCAAUAUAAAAAGGCAAGCUUUCCCACUUUUUUCUACAGUAGUACAAAGCAAACAAAUUGUCCAAGACAGUAACACACCGUUUAGAAACAGAUAGAGCAGUCUCGCCUUGCAGUUUACACUGGGCGUGGCUUUAGCAACCAAGUCAAAAAGUUUGUCUUGGGUUUAAAAAAAAAAAAACAAGAUUGGUCAGGAAAUCCAUAAGAAGACACUAGCAGCAGGGGGUGAACACAUCGAGCUACAAAAAAAAAGGUGUACAAUUGAAAGAUAGAAAAAAAAAAAAAAAAAAAAAACCUGGUAUUUGAUUCUACCUGCCCGGUCUACCUGCCCCCAGCUUUAUUGGCUCCCUGUGCAAUGCUGCUGGACGAGCGGAUUGUCACCCUUUUCAAACAGAACCUGCAGCACACGCUCACUUACUGGAGCGUGUUCUUCAGUUUCGGACUCUGCAUCGCUUUGCUCGGUCCGACCAUCCUGGAUCUGCGGUGCCAGACACAGUCCACCUUGCAGGAGAUCACAUGGGUGUUUUUCUCGCAGCAAUUCUGCCUGCUGAUCGGCAGCGCCGUCGGAGGAAUAUUCAAAAAGACGUUAUUCUGCUCCUUGACGGCUCUCUUUGUCUCCUCCCUGCUCAUCUCGGUAGUCUUUGCCAUCAUCCCGCUGUGCCACAAUGUCCUGGUGCUGGCAGUGGUCAUGGCGGUGGCAGGGCUGGCCAUGGGCGUCAUCGACACCAUCGCCAACAUCCAGCUGGUUAAGCUCUACCAGAAGGACUCGGCCGUCUUCCUGCAGGCUCUGCAUUUCUUCAUUGGCCUGGGCGCCCUGGUGAGCCCCCUCAUUGCGGACCCUUUCCUCUCAGAGACCAACUGCUUGCAGGGCAACAACACCAGCAACGCCACCGAGGUCAUGCACCACAUCCGGCACACGCUGACCAGCCCGUCUGCCAGUAACCUGUCCCAGUACGAGCUGCCCAUGGAGGGAGAGGUGGUCACCCAGGUCUCCUACGCAUUCUGGAUCAUGGCUCUGAUCAACCUGCCUGUGCCCAUUGCCGUGUUCCUGCUGAUGAAGAGGGAGAGCAUGGUACCCUGCUGCAGGAGCUCUAGCCCCCUUCUCCUCACUCGGGAUGAGCUGGCCAUGGAGACGCAAGGCACGGACGCACAGGACCCACCCAGCAAGGACUCCGACAUGGAAGGUCACGGCAGUCUGUUCAGUUGCUGUCGGGGGGAGCGGCUCCAGGACGUGCCCGUGUCUUUCUUUGGAAUCUACAUCUUGGGCGGGCUGGUGCUGUUCAUGACCGAUGGCAUCGUGGGGGAGUACUCUGGCUUUGUGUAUAGCUAUGCAGUAGCCAACCCCAUGAAUAUGGCCCACAAGACGGCUGGCUGUUUGGCCAGUGUGUUUUGGGCAGCCAUCACCGUGGGCAGGCUGGGGGCCAUCCCGCUCUCCUAUCGAUUCAAACCCGCCGGCUUGCUGCUUGUGAACCUGAGUGGGGUGAUUGUCACGGUCUUGCUGCUCCUGAUCUUCUGUAAGAGCACAGCGUUCCUCUUCGUGGGGACCUGGUUCCUGGGCAUGUUCCUUAGCAGCAUCUUCCCCUGCAUGCUGGCCUAUACAGAGGACAUCCUGGAAUACCAAGGCUGUGCUACGACUGUUUUAGUGACCAGUGCUGGAAUGGGGGAAAUGGUCUGUCAAGUAAUGGUUGGAUUGAUCAUUCACAUUAAGGGCAGCUACAGCUUCCUGUUGUCAGGGAUGAUCAUUGGCUGCCUGGGCUUCAUCCUUUUCUUCAUCCUGCUCUUCUUCCACAGAACGUACAAGCAGCAUCUCACAGUGGGGCUCGGAAAAACACACAUCACGGAAUAGGCAGCACCGCAACCAUGAAGGAAAGGAGAGACACACAAGAAACUGCACCCGGGGGCAGAGGAUCACAGGACUGCUGAAGCCACAGAGGAGCACUUCUAAAUGCCACAGAGCUUUCUCUACUGGAGCCCCUGCCACUGCUUUCCUGUAAUGUACAGUAUAGAGACAAUCAGAUAUUAGGCUAAUUUAUUGGAGUAUUUAUUAUAUCCUUUUCACAGUGAUAAUGUUUUACCCUGAAUAAAUUGUUUUGCAAUUCACUUUUUGACAAAGCUGAGGUGUUCACCCAAUUAUAUGUGUAUAAUAUAAAUACAUUUCUGACAAAGAAAGAGUUUGCGACUUAAACAGGUUUACAGAAUAAAAAAUCACAACACAAAAUAUCAACUACUUAUAAACAAACCUAAACCAAAACUGUAAAGAAACCGAAGUAAUCUUCAACCCAUCGAAUGCCAGCAUAAUCUAGUGGCAACGAUAUUAACUAACUACAGGUUAUAUAUAAAUACUGUAGCUUCAUACAGAAAGUAACUACCUUAGUUUGUUUACCUAUAGAUUUGGGGGUGAAUGGUGAACAAAGUUUCUUUUUCCUGUAGAUAGAGUUGUACACACGACAUACUGCUUGUAGCUUCAGAUAUUUUAUUGCUUGCUGUGAGGAACAAAAACAAAUGUGUUACUUUAUAGUGCAGGUCCAACUCUCUGUGGAAAAUGCAAAAAAAAAAAAAAAUUGUACGAGAACAAAAUUUACCUGAGCA